GUUCAUUCACAGAGAAGCCGGUGGUGGUUAUUUUUAGGAGGGAGGAGGUGACAGGCAGCAGACGCCUCUUUGCAAAUAUUCCCACAUCGCGUCGCUCCACCUUGAAUUAACGCAGGAUGUCCGCGCAGAGCCGUGCGUAAAGAAGCUGCGUGCGGCGCCGAAAAGACGUUUCACAGCCGAUUCAGCCGCUUCAGCUGAUGAAGAGCAGCGGUGCUGAGAGCAGACCAGCCUUCUGACUUCUGAAGAGACGCUGGGAGGAUCUGAUCGGACGCGUUGUCGCUGCUGUCGAGGAUCAAUUUGUGGGUUUUUGGUGAAAUUUUUGGGAGCGCGGACACCGAACAGCUCUCCAUCAGGUGCAGAGAGAGACCCGCCCAGCAGAGAUGGCGAAGGCAGACCAGCGUUUCGGCCAGCGGGACGGCUCCGACCAGAACUUUGACUACAUGUUCAAGCUGCUGAUCAUCGGCAACAGCAGCGUGGGGAAAACGUCCUUCCUGUUCCGCUACGCCGACGACUCCUUCAGCAACUCUUUCGUCAGCACCGUGGGCAUCGACUUCAAGGUGAAGACGGUUUAUCGCAACGACAAGAGGAUCAAGCUGCAGAUCUGGGACACGGCGGGACAGGAGCGUUACCGCACCAUCACCACGGCCUACUACCGCGGCGCCAUGGGCUUCAUCCUGAUGUACGACAUCACCAAUGAGGAGUCCUUCAACGCCGUCCAGGACUGGGCCACUCAGAUUAAGACGUACUCGUGGGACAACGCCCAGGUGAUCAUGGUGGGCAACAAGUGCGACAUGGACGAGGAGAGAGUCGUUCCUCCGGAGAAAGGGAAACACCUCGCCGACCAGUUAGGCUUCGAGUACUACGAGGCGAGCGCCAAGGAGAACAUCAACGUGCGGCAGGUCUUCGAGCGCCUGGUUGACAUCAUCUGCGUGAAGAUGUCGGAGCGUGUGGACGUGGAGGCGCCGGCGGCUCCCGGUACCAAGACCACCAAACUGACCGACAAGCCCGCCCAGCUACCUCAGAAGUGCUGCUGAUCGUUGGUCGACGUUCAUCCCUCCACUGUCGCCUCGUUCACCUUCCCCCCCAAAUCUCUCGAGAAAAAGAAAAAAACAGAUUAACUAUCGUAACAUUCCUCAACACUCUCUCUGCUUCAGUCCAUGUUUGUGAGCAGUAAUAAUCACUACGCCUACUGCGGUUUAUGCUAACUAACGUUUAUAUAGCCAGUUUCAUUCCCGUCCUGUCCCCGAGUGUCCACGGUUGGUCCUUACGUAGACGGAGGAGGAAGGCCGGCAGUGCACUCCAGACAAAAUGUCAUUUGGUGCUUUUGAAUCGGUCGUAGAGCCGCUGUAGAUUUCACUGCUAAAAGGAAAUGCUAACGUGCUAGCUGAGCGAGGUACAAGAAGUCCGAGUUAAGGUUAAUGAGGAAAUGAGACGUCACAGAGAUUGUUAGCUUAUCAAUGUAGCUAACAAGUUCGAUUCCUUUUAUACUGGUUAUAUGAGCUGGCUUGUUAGCUUAGGUCGCUAACAGGACAAUAACUUUGUUUAAUUAAUGGUUUAUAUAAAGUGGAUCUCAGCUGAUUAGCCACGUUAGCUUCCUCUGUCUUGACGUCUUUGUGCAGUGCCGUCAAGAUGUUUCCUGAUGUUUUCCUGAUUGUGAGUCAGAUUCUGUCAAUCCUAAAUCCUGUGAACUGACUUCGUAUAAAUGCUGAUGUGACCGAGCUGUACCGCGUCUGCAGAGAGCUGACAGAUGUGAAAGUCUGGUUGAUGACACAUCUUGUUGAAAAGACGAUUCAAAAUAGACAAAUGAACAAACGUGUAUGAAAGGUUCAGUACAGCACUCAGCGGCAGGGUCACAUGACGUCCACAGAACAAGCAAGAAGAUCCUGGGUUCAAAUCCCAGCUGGAGAUUCUCUGUGGAGUGAUGUUUCCCCCAGAGCUCGUGUUGGUUUCCUCCGCCAACGCCACAACAUGUUUGUGAGGUUGGUCUUGUGGUCAGUCUUGUACUGAUUCUGCAGAAGGCAUUAAACAAAGACAACCAGCUUCAUUAGGUCGAAUGAAAUGAGGUAAAUAAAGAUUAUUCUACAGUCACCAGAAAAAAUAUUCCCAGAAUAAAAAUCGUAUCAGCAGAAAAGCUGAAAUGGCUGCAGAUUCAGAAUCUCUGUCCAUCGCUUUGAGUUCAUCAGAGAAAAGGAAAAAAAACAUCACAGUCAAGUGCGACCUGCAGAUUUUGGUCCAAUAUGAUGAAUCAGUAACACAUUACUCCACAGAGACUCUGAUAUUGAGAGUAACUAAAUACUUCCAAAUGAGAGUAACUAACACAUCGCGCUGUCUGAGACUCACCGGUGUGUGUUGCUCUUUCCAUGCAGACUAAAACAUGUCAAGAUUAAACCAGAGGAGGCUGCAGGUAGAGUCCACAAAACAAAAAGAAACAAGACGCCAAAUGUAUAUUUUGUUGAGAGUGUGCUGCUGGUAGAGCAGGAAGCAGGAAGCAGGAAGCAGGAAGCAGGAAGCAGGAAGCAGGGUCCACAGGUAAGCACAGCACUGCCUCUCCUCUCAAAGUGUAGCACAACGACGAAACUCCACCGCUGCUCAUGUCCACAAGUUUACAGGCCACAACAUCAGACAGGCUGCUUCUCCAGUAGAUAGUCUCCUAUACGAUACGCCUCCAGCCCUCCUGCUGUUUCUGGCCUUACUUAGUGCUGUUUGUGGCUCGAAAGGCUUCAGGGCUUCACCACUGAUGCACAACUCCCAGCAGGGCUGCAGCCCGAAUCACUCGAGUCGAAGACUUGAACGGGUCGAGUCCCAAAAACAAUCUGGUGAUGAUUCUCUGAAGAGUUUUUAAACUAAACAUGAGAUGUUAAUGAAACAGAUCAUUGAACAGAACAACACUGGAACAAUCAGAACACUUUCCUUCACAAACUUUAGGAACUUUAACACUUUAAUGACUGAAACAGGAUGAUAAUAUUUCCUUAUGAUUAUGAAUUCUGCAUCUUUGGGACUUCUGUAUCUUAGAUUUACCAGAAAUUAUUCAUAUCUCAGAAUUAUGAGAUCAGUGACGUAAGAGGUAACGAGAUACGGAUCGUGUAACCUCCAGAUGCUGAACAGGAGACGUGAGUGAUAAUUACAUGAAAACGUCUCUGAGAGUCAGUGAGCUGCUCUGACAGAUGACUGAUGGAUGAAUGAUGCUCUUCUUUUGGCCACAGUCUUUAUUUCCUGCGGCUCUGUCAGGUUAGUCAGUCUGCGUUAGUCAGUCCAACAGGCUGAUCACUGCUCACGUCUUAAAAGUGUAAAGACAUGCAGGCAUCACCCGACAUCACGCUGCUUAACGUCCGAGUCACUUGAGAUUCAUCCCGCCUCGUACAGUCCGUCCUUCAGUCUGCACGAGAGGCUCAGUUCAUGGUAAACCUGUUGGCUGUCUCGUCUGGAAGAACAGAGAGUUUCUCAGAUCCACUGCAGCAGCUGCAGUGCGCCUCGCCGUGUCUCAGUCAGCUUGUGACCUGACAGGAAGUGUCAAAAUAUCUGCUGUUGUGCCGGCUGCUGCUGGUUCUUCUGUCAGACUGGCUCUGUGCUGCAGGCAGGCGAGGAAGGAAGGAAGGAAGGAAGGAAGGAGGGAAGGGAAGAUUACUGAAGCUGGAGCUGAGACGUGACUCAGUGUCGAGUCCAUUCCAAGAUAUUUCCUCCGCUGUGGGAGCGAUGUGCUGACAGUAUAUAACCAUUAUGACCCGGACUGUAAUUAAUGUAAGAGAGAAUUUAUUAUCUUUGAGUUUAAUUAUACACAUUUUAAUCCUCACACAGGAGACUAACAGGUAGAAUCUCCGUAGAGUCUGAAGAUCAUGUGGAGGACGAUGUUGGAUCGUGGCAGUAACAAGCUGCUGGUGACUUAAAAACACAGUGACUGAUCGUCUGUAAACAGACGAACCAUGAUGACACACCUGCAUCAUUAGUCACUACACCUGCAGUUACCACCAGUGACCACAGGUGUCGCCACAAUCAGUCCACAGAAAUCUUAAGUAAAGAAAGAAACUGAGCAAACAUCAUGAACAGAGUGAAGACUGAAGUUAGCAUGCUAACAGCUAGCCUCUGUCUCUCAGAGGUGACAGUCUGACAGCCUGCAGCUUCACUUCACUACUGAGUCUAAUAAUCAACAGGAUGAACUCUUACAUGUGAAGAAAGGAAAUAUUUUGACUCUUAUUUUCACAAUAAACAGAACAAUCCAACCGUCCACCGUCUAAAACCAACAUCACCCCUGUUCUGUCUCCACGCUGACCUGACGCUGAUGAUAUACUGGAGUAUGUGUUGCACAGCUAAUAAUCACAAACAUGAGAAGCUGAUACUGACGGCGGUUCUGACCAUCUGCAGUCCGUCCUCCUGUCGUGCUGACAGGCUGAGAGGACGAGCUGUCGUUCUGUUGCUACGCUGAUGUCAGUCGACACAAUGGAAGCACUCAGAACGAGGCGUCAGUCUGUGAGACGAGCUGCUGAAAGCUGACAGCGAUGAACAAAGACGGCGUUCUGCAUAUUCAACAGAAUCACGCUUUUAAACAUCAGAACAUCACUCAGGUUCAUCUCCUGGUUUACUCUCAGAACUCUUUCCCCUCGAGGGUGAAGACGUGUUCUCAGCUCUGCAUCUCGUGUCAGAGUCGAUUAAAAGUAGAAAUAGGACAGAUUAAUCGAUGAUGGCAGCAGGUGUUGGUUUCAGCCCUGCUGUCGGUCUGAUGAGCACUUUAGUUUGAAACAUACUGAGGAAAAAUAGACGACUAACAAGAAGCGUGAUUAUACAAACACAGCGGUGGAGAUGAAGCUGCAGCCGACGACACAAAGCCUUCAAACUGCCAGUAAAACAAAAGAAGGCAGACGAACAGGUGAAGGACUGAGAUAAAGAUGGUUACAGUUUUUUAGCCUUUCACCUGAAACGUCAGCUACUUAAAGGAGCAGUACAACCACAAAUAAAUAUCCAGUCAUCGUCUCCCUCCUGAAGAUGUGAAGUCGUCCACAAAACAUUCCUGCUGUUUCACUGUGAAGCUCCAGAAACGUUCUGUGGACGACGAGACUUCACCGGACUUCAAAUCGUCAGGAGGAGGAGAUGACCUGGACACCAACUUUGUGAGGGAGGAAGUUCUGCUGAUCCAGUUGCAAAUAUACUUAUGUGCUAUUUACCCAAAAUAUAUUCACAAGAUCAUCAGGGUCAGAAAUGUUAAAUUGUUGAACAUUCUCAGUCUUUCUGACUCAUUCACUGCUGAAACAUGUUGUUGCUCACAUUGUUUCAGCGAGUUCAGACUCCAAACUCGACAUAAACAGAACCAACACAGACCUGAGAUCAGAUCAGAUCCCCUGCAGACUGCCGGAGACUCGACCCCAGACUGCCGCUGAGCGCUGCAGCCCUGCUUCACAGUCUCAUCGCCACAUCGACGUGUUUUAUACUCACACGUGUGAGCGGAGCCGGUUCUCUCCUUCCCCUUCAGCAGGUGUAGUCACGUAGCCGUCAUGUUCGCAGUGUUUCCUACAUGAACGUGAGUGUGUGUGUGUGUGUGAGUGUGUGUGUGUGUGUGUGUGUGUGUGUGUGUGUGGUUAUCAUGAUAUUUAUUGCGUGUUCAGUUGUGAGGGUUUUUGUGUUUGUGUACAGUAUCUUUGACGGAAAGUGUGAUAUUUUGAUAAUGUCAUGUCAGCUGAGAUACAGGUACACGUGUGUGUGUAUAUGAAAGACUUCAAGGAAAAAAAGGGAAGACGAGGAGAACAAAAACUUUAACGUGCAUUUAUUAUUAAAUAUUACGAAGAUAGAAAAUAAAGAUAUUCUGCCAAAUUGUUCAAUAUUUCCCACAGCGCACGUUUCCACGUGUCCUCCCCAACAUGUGUCUUCAGAUGGAUGGAAACAUACAAUAAUAUUGACAUUGUCUUCAUUUGAUUAUUUUUUAAGUGAAUUUGUAAAUGAUAGAAUUAGAACUUAUAAUGGUUGUUGAGUAUGAAUUUAUUUUUAUGCUGUGUAUACCAUGGACAAAUUAUAUAGAGAGUUUAUGUAAACUUGUCGUCUUACAGUUCACUCCUGAUCCGGGAGAAGCACAAAGUGAUUGUACAAAUUAUUGUGAAUGUUUGUAUAUUAUAGAUGCAAUUUAGUAUAAUAAAAAUCACAAUCUUUAAUCAUAAAA